ACUUCAUCUACUAGAUCGUAAUAUCCAGAUCCAUAUCCACUUUUUUCAGAUUAUUAUUCAGAGAAGAUGACUCCAUCAAGUCAAUUUGGGGACACGACAUACACAAAGGUGUUUGUAGGAGGUUUGGCUUGGGAGACUCAAAAGGAAACCAUGAAGAAAUACUUUGAACAGUUUGGUGAUAUUUUGGAGGCUGUCGUCAUCACUGAUAAGGCUACUGGACGAUCCAAAGGCUAUGGCUUUGUAACAUUUCGUGAGCCAGAAGCAGCGAUGAGAGCUUGUGUGGAUGCUGCUCCUGUCAUUGAUGGCAGAAGGGCCAACUGCAAUCUUGCUUCCAUGGGUGUUCAAAGAUCUAAGCCUACUACCCCUAAACAUGGUGGAGGCAGGAACUUUAGGGUGAUGAGUGGUUUUCAAGGAGGGUUUCAAACAGCAGCAGGUGGGUUGGGCACAGCUUUUCCUUCAGCAGCAACCUUCCCUCAUUAUGCCAUCCAACAAGGCAUCCCUUACAAUCUUUAUGGGUACUCUCCCUACUCGCCAGAUUACACUUACCCUACGGGUUACUAUAGCGUGUAUGGAGGAGCAGCUAGCCAAUAUCCUGUGUAUGGCACUGCGGCAAGUGGUGUGUUAUCCAGUGCAGCUGCUGCCUUUUACCCUUACAUGAAUUUUGGAGAAGGAAACGGUGGAGCAACCACUGGCUACGCAGCCGCCAGCCAGGGGUAUGGCGGGGUUCAGUACCCACACCAUCUCUUCCAGUAUUCAGCUGCUGCUAUCAACUCCACUGGUGGGGGUUAUCCAGCACAGCACUAUGGUACCCCCAUUUCCCUCGCUCCCUCACCCGCACUGCAUUCAGGCGUGACAAUGACGCUGCGUGCACCAAUACCUCAUCGUUAAGAGAGACUUAUAAUUGUCAACUGGUCAAGAGAGAUCGAUACAACAUUGAUCAUCUACAAUGGUACCUGAAAAAAAUACUGAAGGAUCUUUGGCCUAACCAUGGUUCUCUUGCAUCUUUCUCUUUGUCAAAUGGAGGCCCGCGUAUGGAACACGGGCUUUUUCCAGAAGCUUAAGGCCCCCCAAAGGGGUACGUUCAAAAAAUGUGGAGUAAAAAUUCUCCAUACCAUUUCUUCUCUUGUAAGGAAAGGGUCCUUCAAGAGAGAAACAAAGCAUGCAUAUGCAUCUCAUCAUCAUCAUCACCAACUCAAGCUAUCAAAAGAGCUGAGUUGGUCAUCAUGUUUUAUCUUUCUCUUUUAUAAAAGCUUAGCCCUGGAAAAGGCUGAGCAAAUUGUUUUAAGAUUUUGCCUGUGAAGGGCUCAACUAAAAAGUCUUGAUCAGUUAGUUUAUAUUUUAAAAAAAAAAAGAAUUGUAAAUUCAAGAAUUUUCCAACUUGUAGUCUUUUCAACUUCACCUUAAUGUGGAUCUUGAAAUGGCUAAUCCCUCCAACUUAAGCUACUCCUAUUAACUUGUAGAUGUUAUAGAAAUAUUUGUGAUAUCAUGGGCAUGAGGAUGUCCCAAGUUUUUGUUACUGCUAACUAUUAACUAGUCUUAGGAUUUUAGAACUUAGACUAGGAUCAAUCACCUUUUGAAAAUCUUUUUUUAAAUUUUCAUUUUGAUAAUCACACACUAUGUGUCUAACAGGCCAGCAAUGUCUCUUGAGGAUAAGAGGAAUUGUCUGAAUUUACUGUUGAUGUUUGUUUGUUUUUAAUGUUGUAAAAAGUGUAGGUCGGGGCUAGAAUAGGGUAAUUUUAGCCCCUUUUACUUAAAAUUGUAGCGGGGGAUAGUGGAUAGUAUUCUGUUUAGCUUUAUCAUAUUGCAUUAACUUUUUUCAGGAACUCCAUUAAAUGGAUAUGGAGUUCCAAUGCAUCAGAAGUUAGUUACCCUAGGGAGAUAUUUUGGGGUCUCUUGGGUACUUCUUCAACUAGACUCAUCAACCAUGGUUAGGACUCAGGUCAUCUUCAAUUCUCUGUCACUCUCUCUCUCUCUAUCUCCUUCUCUGUAAUUUGAGCUGAAAUUUGAUACUCUUUAUAUGUAUAAGCCUAUGUUUGAAUUAUAACUAGGAAGAAGAUUCAUUCUCCAUCAUGGGAUGUUUGAGAAUGGAUGCUACUUAAGCAACUUACUAUUUUUAUUUCAACUAUGUCAAAAACGACUUUGUUUAAUUUUGCUAAUGCAUUGUUUAUGAUAGACUAAUGUCUAAUGUUA